UGUCAUACGUCAAAAGUGGACUUAGCAGCAAGAGUUGCAUUUUACUUGGCCAGUGUAUUUUCAAGAUGAAAUUGAAUGGAGGGGACCAAUAAGAAGAGAAAUGGUAAAAAACGAUCGGAGGUCGCGACGUUCUUGUUUUGGUAAACCACUUUCACAAUCUCCAACCUCAGUCGGCUCCGGGAUGGCCUGAAUUAAACGUGCUUGACUCCAAUCAGUGCUAAGUGCGUGAGCGUUGUAUUUUGAACGGUUUGUAAUAAAUAUUGAUAAAAACACACAAGUUUAUUUAUCUAGACUGUUCUUUUGUUAAUCGCGUGUUUGACAUUUAAUUAAGAUGCUGGUCGCAAUGACAGCUAUGUUAGUUUCAGUGGCAGAGUUGUCAAACAUACUCUCUGUGUUGGCUGUACUAGUAUGCUUCUGUGGAAUGGUCUUGUUUAUCAUGAGAUGGGCCCUAGCUGCGAUAAGGAACAUGACUGUGUUCUGGCUGCAAGGCGAGGAGUUGAUGUUCGGUGGUUCGGUGCACCCAGCUGCCGCGCAACCCAGAAUUCCCCAAAUGAAGAUGAUGAAAGUGCACAUACCUUUCACAUUCAAGCUGCAGGAGACUUCCAAAUCAUCAUACUCAGAAGUGCAGUACACAGUGAGCAGCCAAGCUGCAUACACAUUGCAGGCGUUCUGGGGAGUGUCGAUCAGGGAGCUGCACCUGUUUCUGUGGAGGCCGUGGAGUGUCAUCAAUGCAGCCGUGCAGCACGACAUGCUGCUCAAGGGCCACUAUCAGCAGAAAGGCGCCUGUAUCAGGGAAACAUCUCAUGGCGAGAAGCUGAUGAGGAUGUCUCUGCCAGACCCUGCACUAGACCUGGGCACCCCUCCACGGCUCUGCUAUCCCCUAGUCAUAUUUCUCAUCAGAGAUAAUCCCAGCACUUUACAUCCUGAUGAAACGGUUGCUCUAAUCAACGUGGUUCACAUAAAGGAUGCAGUGUGCACUCUACCCACCAGCAUACUGGCUCAGUAUCUCAAACAGGCCAACGGGCAACUUUCAUGUCUCAAGCAACUGUACUUGGCGACCGGCAACCCGCUAAGCUACGAGGACGAGCUGCCAUCGCCGCGCGGAGCGAGCAACGCACUGCUGUUGGACUCGAUGACGUGGAACAACUCAGCUGCAGCUGCAGCCACCGCAGUCGAACAGCUGUGUGUAGUCUGCCAGUACUUCCCUCUCUCUCGCGCACUGCUGCCCUGUCGACACACGUGCAUCUGUGCCUCCUGCUUCGGCAAGCUGGACACCUGCCCGAUGUGUCGCAGCCCUAUCAAGUCCUACUUCUGCAUUCGCAGCGAGGAGUAUCUACCCGAAGCGGCCAGCAACUCGGCGCCGUCCAAGCCCGAGCCCAUCACUCAGUGGCUGCAAGACAGACUGACCGAUUUCCUCGGAUUCCACCGAUAAUACCACCAUCCCUCCACUUCCUUCCCAUCUCCUCCAAAAUCUUUAGUAAGUGUACUCAUGUUUAAUGAUAUAAUAAUAGAUGAAAUCACUUCACUUAAAUGGGCUACUUUUGUUCAAAUUAAUAAAAACAAUAUAACAACUUGUAGUGCCUUUUAUUAAAAACUUUAACAUAUUUUAACAACUAGUUUCGACCUUAGGUCAUUUUACAUUUCAACUUGGAAAUGACCUAUGGUCGAAACUAGUCUUUAAAAUAUUUUAAAGUUUUUAAUAACGGAUACUACAAGUUUUUAUAUUGUUUUUAUUAAUAAUAGAUGAUUAUUUAUUGUUGUCGAUUUUUAUUGUUAAUCAUUAAUUAUGAUUAUAUACACUACCAUUCCCCCUGCUCCUCCCCACCCCUUCCUUAAUCCUCCAAUAAAAAUUCCUGUUUGAUGAUUAUUUAUUAUGUAUUGAUCCACAUCUCAAUGACCUCUAUUGUUCGGCCGCUGUAAGGGCGCAAAUAUAGUGGAGCGGUGAAGGUAGCUUCAGGCUUUAGAGAGUUGAAUAUGGAUGUAAUGUAAUGCAUGUACAUAAAAAAUGGGUCGAAACAUAUCGCAACACUAUCCGCAAUCAAUUGAAAGACUAUAUAAAAUUCAUUUAAAAGAGUGCUGUCAAAAGCUAGUAUUUUUCUCGGUUUCAUGUUGAUUUCAGUAUUUUUCAGGUACUGCCUUGGUUUUUAGUAGAUUAGUAUUCAUAUUUUUCCUUUGUAUCACUCUUAAACUCAUUUUAUUUAAGAACUUUCAGUGUUUUAUAGUCAGUUUUGUGUCGUACUGUUCUUAUGACAGUCGUAAGGCCCAUUGACGGCUUAAAUGAUAUAUUCAGGCGGUGGGACCUUCCCGCAAGGACUCACCACCAACAAAAGCCAUACGAAUUCACUUUUACUGUUCUUAUAUACCACCUGACUGUAACAGUACCGGUACCUUAGAAAACAAGCUACCGUAUUCCCUUGCGUGUCAUCAUAAUAAAUAAUCAUUGAACAUUGGAAAAACCCCCCAAUAUUACAUAACCCUCCUCGAUUCCACUCUGUGUAUCACACACAACCAUUUUACCCCCUCUCCCUCCACUGUGUUUGAUGAUGAUUGUUAUUUAUUAAAUUAAUUGAUAGUAUUUAUAAAUUAAUUUAUAUUGUCUUACUGAGCUUGAUUGCCAUCCCUGUUCCUGCCAUUUUAUUUUUCUGUCGCCCACAUUUCGACUUCAUUCGAGUUCACAUUCAUUAUUUACAAAAAUGUCCAUCCUCAUUCGAACAACAAACAUUUGUUCUAACAUUAUCAGUAACACUACUGUACAUUAAAAUGCACAGAAUGUAUAGAAGUGUAGUUUUACUGUAUAUAGUUCUGUAUCUUGGAAAUUGAAGAUGUGACAAGAUUUUAGUUAUUCCAAUAAUAUAAAAUUCUUUGAAUCUUUUAAAGGUCUAAUUUUCUUCUUUAAUUGUAUCUUAUUUAUUUCAAAUUUAAGUUGAAAUGAUACUAAUCAACCAAAUCAAGAAUAAUGAAUUAUACAUGGAAAAUGACUA